AUGGGUCAUAAUUUGAUGAAUGAAAUUCUGGCUUUUCUUCUUCAGAACUACAUUAUAUUCGCCUUGAUUCUCUUAUUCAUUUGCUUCCUUGUCUUCACCGCAAUUUACUUCACCUAUCUCUUCAUCAGCGAGCGUCAAAUCAGACGGAAAAUCAACUCGAUGAAGAGUUUUCACAAAUUGUACAUUCAAGCAUCAGCUGUCAGCGCUAGAGUAAAGCCGUAUCCGAAGCCAAGAGAAGUUUUUGAAAGAAAAACAUCUAUCCCAAACAUGUUUCUACAGGAUCUACAAUAA